AGAUGGUAAACAUAACCUUUUCACUAAGCGAACAAUCAGCUGGCCGGCAGUCAUCGGAUCAACUUUGAUUUCGUAGAAGUUAUAUUGAAAAUGAUACAAUAAACAAUGCGACAACUAGCAAACACCCGCCUUAGGUUCAUAACAUCUUUGAAUUGGUUUUCCGAAUUUCGGGUUUCAGGCUUUGCAUCAUCAUGCGGGUAUCUUUCCACAGUUACCAGGAUUGCAACCCACGCCCGCCGGUUUUCCACAGAACACGCCAAAGCCGACCAAAUCCCAAUAGAGAGGAUACGCAACUUUAGUAUAAUCGCCCACGUAGAUCAUGGGAAGAGCACCCUCGCCGAUCGACUUCUGGAGCUCACAGGUGCCGUCAGCAAGAAUUCUGGUCAGGCGCAAAUCCUAGAUAGCCUUCAAGUUGAGCGGGAGCGAGGUAUUACAGUGAAAGCCCAAACAGUGUCCCUGUUCUAUCAAUAUCCGGAGGAUGGACAAAUUUAUCUGCUGAAUUUGAUUGAUACGCCUGGUCAUGUGGAUUUUGCGAAUGAGGUAUCACGUUCCCUUGCGGUUUGCGACGGGGUCAUCCUACUUGUUGAUGCAUGUCACGGAGUUCAAGCCCAAACUGUGGCCAACUAUCACUUGGCAAAAUCUCAAAACCUGACCGUCGUUCCAGUCCUGAAUAAAAUUGACAUCAAACACGCUAAUCCGGAUCGAGUUUGCAAGGAGCUUGAAUCUUUAUUUGAAAUUCCUACGUCCGAAGUGUUGAAGAUAUCUGCAAAGCUUGGAACUGGUGUCCCGGAUGUACUCAAUAGGAUAAUAUCAGCAAUUCCUCCUCCAAAAGUGAAUCGUGGCGGAUUGUUCCGAGGGUUUCUCUUCGACAGUUGGUACGACAAAUUUCGCGGAGCAUUAAAUCUUAUGUAUAUAAACGAUGGCUCAAUCGAAAUUGGACAAGACAUUCAAUCUAUGAACACGGGUAAAACCUAUCCAGUGAAAAGUAUAUCGUUAUUACGACCCGGGGAGGAACCAGUUGACAAACUAAAUGCCGGUCAAGUCGGCCUCAUCGGCUGCAACAUGCGCAGCAGCAAGGAAUCAAUCAUAGGCGAUACGUUUCAUGUAAAAGGAAAACCAGUGGAAGCACUGUCUCGUUUUAAGCCUCAACAACCGAUGGUUUACGCUGGUAUUUAUCCAGCAGACCAAUCAAAGCACGUGGCAUUACGUAGUGCGAUAGAAAAGUUAGUUUUAAAUGAUUCCGCCGUGACUGUUACUCCAGAUUCGAGUCCUGCUCUCGGCCAAGGCUGGCGACUUGGUUUCUUAGGUCUUUUACAUAUGGAGGUGUUUUGCCAACGGUUAGAACAAGAAUUUAGUGCUGAACCGAUUAUUACUGCCCCGUCGGUAACGUAUAAAUUGAAACUCUGUAACCAGAAACUUAUCAAACAGAAUGGAAGUGACACUUUGUAUAUUUCGAAUGCUGCUCUGUUCCCGGAAAAAUCAGCGGUAGAGGAGUAUUAUGAGCCUUUUGUGUUAGGGACCAUCAUUACUCCCAGUGAAUAUGUUGGCCCAAUUAUCAGCCUUUGUGUCGAUCGUCGAGGCCAACAAUUGAAAUCCGUCAACAUCGACCAGGAUCGCCUGCUAAUGAAAUACAUUCUCCCGCUAAACGAAAUCAUCCUCGACUUCAACGACAAACUGAAAGCAAUCAGCUCUGGAUACGCAAGUUUCAACUACGAAGAUCAUGGCUAUCACGAAACGAAUGUGGUUCGACUGGAAAUUCACCUCAACGGACGUCCUGUGGAAGAAAUGUGUCGUAUUGUCCAUUCAUCCAAAGCAGUUCAGAUUGCCAGGGAGAUGGUUCUGAGAUUGAAAGAGUUAAUUCCACGACAAAUGAUUCAAGUGGCUAUUCAAGCUUGUGUUGGAAGUAAAGUCCUUGCUCGCGAAACAUUGAAACCGUACAGAAAGGAUGUUACUGCGAAGUUAUACGGUGGUGAUGUGACGCGACGAAUGAAGUUGCUGAGGCAGCAGGCAGAAGGCAAAAAGAAAAUGCGGUCAAUUGCUAAUGUUCGGGUGCCACAUGAGACUUUUAUUGAUGUUUUGAAAAGAUGAUAGGGAAUAUAGUUGUAUUUA